GUCGCGAACCGGAGGUGACGUGGAUUUCGGACCAAACCCCAGGUCAUCUCGUUAAACGGACCCGUUGUAAACUGCAGAUGGGUAGUUGGUGUCGGCAGGGGUUUAAAAUUACAGUUGAAUGUGGGCAUCGUCACGAGAUGAUGAUAAUGCUGCUAGUGAUGAUUUCGGCUGCGCUCUUAGAGAUUAUCAAAACAACCGGCUAAUGUUGGUGCUACUGCUGGGACUGCCCACCCUUGCGUAGCUAGCGAGCUCUGAUUGUCCUACUUGAGUACAUUAACCUAACGGUCGUUUUAUUGAUUUAUUUGGGUUCAUGGAGCACGUCUGGAUUCAUUUUUAUUGCUAAAUGUGUUAGAUAAAUACUUGUGAUUAUUGUAGGGAGGCGGUUCCCUUGGCUAGCUAGCAGCCUCAGUUUUCGUUCUCUUGGCUCCAAGAAUGUCUAUAUUGACAGUGUAUUUAAGGAAUAUGAAGCUGAGACUGGGUCUUUUGAGAGAGAUGGGCCGGCAGUAUCCUGUGUUUUGCUUUUUACUUAUCCUCCUGCUUCUAUCUACUAUUCUAUUAAACAGAUAUCUUCACGUUAUCAUAAUUUUCUGGUCAUUCUUAGCGGGAAUGGUUAGCUUCUAUUGUUCAUUAGGGCCAGAGACAUUGUUACCCAAUAUCCUUAUAACGUUAAAGCCGAAGAAAAAGCCAGAACAGCAAGAGCUGUUUCCUUUGGCUCACAGUUGUGCUGUGUGCGGGAAAAUAAAAUGCAAAAGACACAGACCAACAUUGCUUCUUGAAAAUUAUCAGCCAUGGCUGGAUUUAAAAGUCCACUCCAAGGUUGACGCAUCUCUUUCCGAGAUUCUUGAACUGGUCCUUGAAAACUUUGUAUACCCAUGGUACAGAGAUGUUACAGAUGACGAGGCGUUUGUGGAUGAACUCAGAUUGACCUUGAGAUUUGUAACUGCGGUGUUGGUCCGCCGAGCUCAGAGAGUAAAUAUUCCUUCUCUCAUAACACUAAAGCUGCUUAAAGUUGCCAUGAAACACAUUGAAAUUAUUGCCAAAGCAAGACAAAAAGUGAAUUCGGAGGACCUGCAGCAGGCUGCGUUGGAGGAGUAUGGUCCCGACCUACACUUUGCCUUACGAAGCAGAAGGGAUGAGUUGUCUAGCCUUCGAAAACUCACUGAGAUGCUGUUCCCAUACAUCUUGCCUCCAAAAGCAACUGAUUGCAGGUAAAGCUAUAUCUCUACUCUUCUGAUAAGAGAAGUUCUUGCUGGCUCUGUUAUCCUUCCCUCCAUGGAUUACUUGGCUGAUCCUGAUACUGUGAACCACUUACUUCUUAUUUUCAUUGACAACUCUCCACCAGAGGCUGCCACUGAACCUGCCUCUACGCCUGUCCCAUUCCUGCAAAAGUAUGCAGAUGCGCGUAGUAGGAAACCUUCUGUUUUAAAACUAGAACUUCAGGAGAUCCGGGAGCAGCAAGACCUGCUGUUUCGCUUCAUGAACUUCCUGAAACAAGAGGGGGCUGUUCACGUACUCCAAUUCUGCCUCACUGUGGAAGAAUUCAAUGAUAAGAUCUUGCCAGAACUGUCUGAUACAGAAAAGCUAAUGCUACAUGAGGAGGUGAAAAAAAUAUAUGAAACAUACUGCCUCGAUGAGAGCGUUGACAAAAUACGCUUUGACCCUUUCAUUGUGGAGGAAAUUAAAAACAUUGCUGAAGGACCGUAUGAUGGCGUGGUGAAACUGCAGACUAUGCGCUGCCUGUUUGAGGCCUAUGAGCACGUACUCUCUCUGUUGGAGAAUGUCUUUACUCCAAUGUUCUGCCAUAGCGAUGAGUAUUUUAGGCAGCUGUUGAGAGGGGCAGAAUCCCCAAUCAGGAACUCCAGACUUAGCAGAAAUAGCGUGAGUUUGGAUGACAUCCGGAACACAUCCAAGCGAGGAGAAUCAUUUGGGAUUAGCCGCAUUGGCAGUAAGAUUAAAGGGGUUUUCAAGAGCACAACCAUGGAAGGGGCCAUGCUGCCCUCUUGUGGACCUGCAGAAGGAGAGGAUGAUAUGAGGAGGGCAAUCAUGGUUAUGGAGGAUGACUCCCCAAUGGAGGUUGUCAGUACUCCAAGCACCCCUCGCAACCUGGCCGCCUGGGUGAUCACCAUCCCCUAUGUUGACUUAUUUGAUGAUGAUGUGAAAAAAGAGAGGAUUCCAGUGUAUUGCAUAGAUGUGGAGCGGAAUGACAGGAGGGCAGUGGGUCAUGAAACGGAACAUUGGUCUGUGUACCGAAGAUACCUUGAGUUUUAUGUGCUUGAAUCUAAACUCACAGAGUUUCAUGGCUCAUUCCCUGAUGCACAACUUCCUUCCAAGAGGAUAAUUGGACCCAAAAACUAUGAGUUUUUAACAUCCAAACGUGAGGAAUUUCAAGAAUAUCUACAGAAACUCUUGCAGCACCCAGAGCUCAGCAACAGUCAGCUGCUGGCAGACUUCCUGUCCCCUCACAGCAUGGAGUCCCAGUUCCAUGACAAGAUGUUGCCUGAUGUCAAUCUUGGGAAAAUAAUCAAGUCUGUGCCUAGCAAAUUGAUCAAGGAGAAAGGGCAGCACCUGGAGACGUUCAUCCAGGCCUUCUUCAACUCCUGCGAGUCCCCAAAGCCUAAACCCAGCCGUCCAGAGUUGACUAUUCUCAGCCCCACGUCUGAGAACAACAAAAAGCUUUUCAAUGAGCUUUACAAAAACAACGCAAACCGCUCUGAGGUCACGGAGAAGAGGCACAACCAGAAUUAUUUCAUGGAGAUGAUCACUGUGGAAGGAGUUUAUGACUACUUAAUGUUUGUAGGUCGAGUGGUGUUUCAUAUGCCUGAUUGGUUGCAUCAUCUCCUAAUGAGUGGGCGCAUCCUGUUCAAGAAUACACUGGAGGCUUACGCUGACUACUACCUGCAAAACAAACUGGACCAGGUAUUUCAGGAGCAUCGUGUGGUUUCCCUCAUCACUUUGCUCAGAGAUGCUGUUUUUUGUGAGAACAGUGAGCCACGAUCUUUUGAAGACAAACAAAAGAGCCAAAAAACCUUUGAAGAAAUGAAGAAUUACAUUCCAGAUCUUCUUGGGAAAUGCAUUGGAGAAGAGAGUAAGUAUGAGGGAAUACAGCUUCUGUUUGAUGGACUUCAGCAGCCAGUUCUCAACAAGCAGUUGACAUAUAUCUUGCUUGACAUAGCAGUUCAGGAGCUGUUCCCUGAAUUAAACACAGUACAGAGAGAAACAUCUGUAUUUUCCUCAUGGAUAUAGAACACUCACCUUUGGAUGUUUCCACCCAUCUGUAUCUCCUGUAUAUGCAGCAUCCUACAGUAAUGUCAGCAACUACAUUGCCCAGAGAAACUUUGUCCCAUACCAUAGGUGUAGUCUGGGGGGCCAUGGGCUGAGGUGGGGGGUCAAUAAUUCCUGCUCUCACUACUCUCAGAAUGUUAGGUUGGGGGGUGGUAGUAGUGCCCCCGCCCCCAAUUGAAUUGAAACCUUUGCCACUGUCCCAUACCAUUUAUAGGUCAUAGCAUGUAAUGUCUUUUAAUGGGCACUGGGUGUGGUAAGCAUAUGGAGAGUGGAUGUACUGAACAGGCUGGAGAUGUCCCUGGUUCCCACUAUGUCUUGGAAACAAGAAUACUAGCAGAAGUGUCUCUUGAGCAAGUUUCUUAGAGUUAAUCUCCAAAAUACUGAAGAAAGUGGUUCCAAUGUAAUUGAAGUCUUUAAAUGGUUUUAACAUUUAAAUUAUUUAUAUUUGCUGUUCUGCUGUUUUGAUACACGGGGGGAGGAAUUGUUGUAUUUGGCAUCUGAGUUUGUGAUGUUAAAAAUCUAACUGUGGCUUAACCAAGAAAAGGUAACUUGCCUAAUCAAUCUGUAACUGAGCAAAAACUGUAGUGACAUACUGAACUACUGUGAGCUAAUGAGCUUGGCUCAAUACCAUAACAUUGCGAUCUCAUAGUAAAAGAAUUAUGAUGAAAGUGCUGUUGGGAAUUGUAACUAAUAAAACAUUUUAACAAGCCUCUCAAA